GCAGCUGAGCUCAGGCUGCUGCUGAAGUGCAGUAUUGAUCUGAAGGGUAAAUGUGUAGGGAGCCUCAGAGAGCGAUUCAGUCGUAUUCUGAGAAGGGAACCAGCCUCUUCCAGUAAGAAAGUGGCUUCUACCUGCCUUUGCUGCCGCGACAUCCUCAGUGAGAGAAGGGGAGCCCGGGGAAGGGCAGCUCGCCGCUCCAGCGCUGUGCGAGCGGGGUGCCGCCGCUGUGGUCGCUGCCGCUGCUCUGCCGGGUGCUGCCGCAGCCCCAUGCAGCAGACAGUGAGGAGUUCACUGAAAAAAAGGCAGAGCAGCAUGCGGCUACCCGGAGGGUGUUGAUUGAAACUUAGAUUCUCCCCGAUCGCUGUUGAUUGGACUGAUGCUCCAGCGUUACCAGAGAAAAGAUUUCAAUUAAGAGAUCCCAUCAAGCAGGAAACACGUGAACUAAAUCAUCAAGGAUGAUGUCCCCAUAGAUGGAAUUUAUUGCGGCAAAUACCUUGUCAUCAGAAGGAUUAAUGCCUGCAUUAACAUUUCUGCAAUAAAAUCAGAAGCUAAGUGGUGAAGGCCACAGACACCUCAAACCUGGAUUCCUCUGCUCUGCAUUAAGUGCUGGAGUUUUUAUUACUUGCGGUAGGGAAGCCAUUGCCAAUGCUCACAAGGAACUGCUUAUCCCUGCUUCUCUGGGUCCUGUUCGAUGGAGGCCUCCUAACACCCCUGCAUACACAGCCACAAGAGAUUUUAGAAGCACAGCCAAGAGAAAAUGUUGUCCCAGUGCCAGAGAGGAGAUCAUCUGCCCAGCGAGUCAAGAGAGGCUGGGUGUGGAAUCAAUUUUUUGUGCUGGAGGAGUACAUGGGCUCUGAACCUCAGUAUGUGGGAAAGCUUCAUUCUGACUUGGACAAGGGAGUUGGCACUGUUAAAUACACCCUUUCAGGAGAUGGUGCUGGCACGGUUUUCACCAUCGAUGAGACCACGGGAGAUAUUCAUGCCAUAAGGAGCCUAGAUCGAGAAGAAAAACCUUUCUACACACUCCGGGCUCAGGCUGUGGAUGUUGACACCAAGAAACCACUAGAGCCUGAAUCAGAGUUCAUCAUCAAAGUGCAGGACAUUAAUGAUAAUGAGCCAAAAUUUCUGGAUGGGCCUUAUGUUGCCAGUGUCCCAGAAAUGUCUCCAGUGGGAGCAUAUGUGCUUCAAGUAAAGGCGACAGAUGCUGAUGACCCCACUUAUGGAAACAGUGCUAGAGUGGUUUACAGCAUACUUCAGGGGCAACCAUAUUUCUCCAUUGAUCCCAAAACAGGUGUAAUAAGAACAGCUUUGCCAAAUAUGGACAGAGAAGUGAAAGAACAAUAUCAAGUUCUAAUCCAAGCCAAGGACAUGGGAGGACAGCUGGGAGGACUAGCUGGUACUACCACUGUAAACAUUACUCUCACGGAUGUCAACGACAACCCACCCAGAUUUCCUAAGAGUAUCUUCCAUUUAAAAGUACCUGAGACCUCUCAUGUUGGUUCUGCUAUUGGACGGAUCAGAGCUGUGGACCCUGAUUUUGGGAAAAAUGCAGAAAUUGAGUACAACAUAGUUCCAGGAGAUGGAGGAAACUUGUUUGACAUCACGACAGAUGAGUACACCCAGGAAGGAGUCAUUAAACUGAAAAAGCCAUUAGACUUUGAAACUAAGAAGGCAUACACCUUUAAGGUGGAGGCCUCCAAUCUCCAUCUUGACCAUCGGUUUCACUCAGUGGGUCCUUUCAAAGAUACUGCCACUGUGAAGAUAAAUGUGUUGGACAUGGAUGAACCUCCAGUGUUCAGCAAGCCCAUGUACACCAUGGAAGUCUAUGAGGACACACCCGUGGGGACCAUUAUAGGUGCAGUGACUGCACAAGACCUGGAUGCUGGCAGCAGCUCAGUAAGAUACUUCAUGGAUUGGAAGAAUGAUGUGGACAGCUACUUUACAAUAGAUGCUACUGAAGGAACCAUUGCUACUAAUGAAUUACUGGACAGAGAAAGCACAGCACAAUACAAUUUCUCUAUAAUUGCAAGUAAAGUUAGUAACCCACUAUUAACCAGCAAAGUCAACGUUAUAAUAAAUGUUUUGGAUGUCAACGAGUUUCCUCCUGAAAUUUCAGUUCCAUAUGAGACAUCUGUAUGUGAAAAUGCCAAGCCAGGACAGGUGAUACAGACCAUCACUGCAGCAGAUAAAGAUUUGUCACCAGCUGGGCAAAGGUUUUCCUUCAAACUGUCAUCUGAGGCUUCCAACAAACCAAACUUCACAGUCCAUGACUACAGAAACAACACAGCUGGGAUAGAAACCAGGAGACAUGGCUACAGCCGAAGGCAGCAAGAGCUGUACUUUCUUCCAAUAGUAAUAGAAGACAGCAGUUACCCUGUCCAGAGCAGCACAAACACUUUGACUAUCCGUGUUUGCAGAUGUGAUUCUGAUGGCACCAUCCAGUCCUGCAACGUGGAAGCAAUCUUCUUGCCAGUUGGCCUCAGCACAGGAGCUCUGAUUGCAAUCUUGUUGUGUAUUGUUAUACUUCUAGUCAUUGUGGUACUCUAUGUAGCACUACGGAGGCAGAAGAAAAAGGACACCCUGAUGACCUCUAAAGAAGACAUCAGAGAUAAUGUUAUCCAUUACGAUGAUGAAGGAGGUGGAGAAGAGGACACCCAGGCUUUUGACAUAGGAGCCCUGAGGAAUCCCAAAGUGAUUGAAGAUAACAAAAUGCGCAGGGACAUAAAACCAGACACCUUGCGUUUUACACGCCACAGACCACCAGCGGAAGAUAACACAGACAUAAGAGAUUUCAUUAAUCAAAGGCUGAAGGAAAAUGAUGUAGAUCCAUCUGCACCCCCUUAUGACUCCUUGGCAACCUAUGCUUAUGAAGGAAAUGGAUCUGUUGCAGAGUCUCUCAGCUCUAUAGACUCCCUCACUACAGAGGCAGAUCAGGACUAUGACUAUCUGAGUGACUGGGGACCUCGCUUUAAGAUCUUGGCAGAUAUGUUUGGAGAAGAAAGUUACAACCCUGACAAAGUCACUUAAGUACAGCAGUGAAACAAAAAGAAAAGCAAACCAACAACUUAAAAGAUAAACCUAAGCUUUAUAUAAGACACAAUUACUUUGAUUAUAAAAGACAGCAAUUGUUUCCAGCAAGUUACUACAUUUAUCAUACUCUCAGCUUUGGUUUGGUUUGUGAAAGAAUGAUAAAUCCUGUAACAUACA